CAUUUCAACUUUGUUUACACCUUGCGCUCGAAAGAGAGAGAGAGAGAAAGAGAAGAGAAGACAGGUGAUGGUGGAGGUGGUCAAGUCGUCGGUGCCUCAGAAAUGUGACAUUUUCACUCGAAUUUUUCUUCGUCUCUCCCCCGGAUAACCACAUUCACUAUGACAGCUACACAUCAUUCUUCCAAUACUCUGGCGCCUCUGGAUGGCUUGCCGAAGCCUUUUGUGAAUGCCAUGCGGACCCUCUUUGAUAUCAUGGACGACCAGCGAACUGGAUACGUCAAGUUUUCAGAAAUUGAACGCAGGUGGCAAGACGAUGGAGCGCAAGGUAUGCCCCGAGGUGUGUUAGGUAGCCUUCGCAAAGUUACUCCCCCUGACGGUUAUUUGUCGUUUGAGCGAUUCUGUGCUGGUUUACAGAUAAGUUUAUUGCGUAACAAGAUGGAGGACAAAACACCCAACAAUAAUUUUGGCCUAAACAUCCCACCCAAGCUGUCAGGAUCCAACACAGGCCUUCCACCACCCCCACCUCCCCUGAGCAGACCUCCUUCAGCACCAAUUUUAGAUCAGGAGCAUCAUCCUAAAUUAACGCGUACGGUCACCAGCAUCCCAUCUACCAGUCAGGCCAGUGGGAGUGGUGGUUCCCACCACAGCCGUGCAGAGCGCACGGUAUCUAUGCCACACCUGGACGACGUUGUAUCUCAUUCUGAGCACUCCGCCCACCAGCACUACCACCAGUCUGAGUUUCGAUCUCACAGCUCCAAACCGGACAUCAAGAUGGGCCUCGGCGUCAUGUCCCACAGCAAGUCGGUAGGGAACAUGGUUGGACCACCGAAGCCCCCGCGUGUCAUGGAGAGAGACAGAGGCACCCAGAGUCUGGAUCGCAACAUGGAGAAUCGUAACCUGGGGGAAAUCGGCAGGAUUCCGAGCGAUAUGCGUGCAACUCAUUCGCUGGAGCGGGAGAGAUCCGACCGAAAGUGGGAUCUGGAGAGGUCAGAUCGACCACACCGAGAUAGAGAUCGUAAUGACCACGUUGACUACCGGAGGGACAGGGGCUCAAGUCUCGAGCGACUGUUGGACCCUGAAGAAAAGGCUAAUCACAUUCCUCUUGGCAAGGCAGGAAUUCGCUCCGCUUUACAGACGUGGCAUAAAGAGAGGAGAAAAGGGGAAGUGGGAGAUAAUAACAACAACAAUAAAAAUUUCCAAGAAAAAGAUAUUCGUGACAUGAGGGUGCCAUUGCCAGCCGAGCCCUUAGGUAGAGGCGUUGGGGACGGAGGUGACGGCUCUCGGACGAGUGUUGGCAAUCAGCCCGAAAGUCAUUUAGCUGCCGCACUAUCGACUAACAUUCCUAGCUUGGCUGCUACUCAUAAAAAGUCGACUAGGAAGAGAGAAGCUCGAAGGCAUACUCUACAGAAUGGAAUUGAUUACAGCUUGGUACGAAGACUAAAACAGCUGGAAGCAGAGAGGGACAUGCUAGUUCAAGGGUAUGAAGUUGUGGAGCGAGCCAGGAACUGGUACAGACAGCAGCUGCAGGCUGUGUCAGAAAGGAUACACUACCUGCCCCAAGGACCCCCACAGAAUGAGCCGAGUGUAGAGGCUCAGCAGGAAAUGCUGCACUUCCAGCUCGCUCGCAUCCACGAGGUGAAUUCUCACCUCCGUGCGUUGAUGGAGGCUUCGGAACGUGGGCUGCCUUCUCACAUAAAUCUAGCCAUCCGACCCACCGUCUCCUCCAGUCAUUUUUCUUCAAAGAACGCAGGCGUUGACCCCGAGGAACAAGUACGAGUUAUAGAGAGACUGAAAGACCAGAAUCACCUUCUCACAGAGGAGGUCAGCUUGAAAAGUGAACGCAUCACUGGACUCGAACGGGAAAAAGCUGCAUUGUUAAGGGAACUGUUCCAGUCUCGCUCUUCUCAGCAGCUGCAGGCCACCUCGGCAGACUCAACAUUCAUGUGAGAGGUUUCCACAGAAGAUGCCGGGUAUGGAAACAACAUGCUUUCGUCUUUGAACAGUUUACAAAUCUGAUUUCUCAGAGUGGUAUGUCUUACAAUGCAGGAAUUGUUAGAUCCUCAACACUGCAUUUAAACAUUUACAUGAACAGGGUAUUUGCUCAUAAUUUGACAAAAAUAUUGUAUGGUUAUCAUUGUGGCAUGUCCUAUGGAUAUACUACAGUUGCAAAUUUUUAAAAUUUUUUUGGUGUCACAGUGGUAUAUAAAUAAUAUUGAAGAGUAUAAAAUAGACCGUAACCAGUAGUGAAAUUUUAUGUAGGGUGAUUUUGCCUUUAGAGUCUUCACUGUGCUUUUGGUCACAGCAUUGACAACUUGUUCUUUUGGGAGGAAAUACUGCGACUCUUCUGUAGGGUGAAACACUUUCUUGUUGGUUUGUGCAUACAACAUUUUCAGUCCUGAGGAGGGCACCGUGAAAACAUCCGUUAGCAUUUUUUUGCUGUCUAUUUGCGGUGUGGUAAUUCUUGUUCAUUGCAGACCCUUCGUUUGCAAGAAUAGUGUUCAUGAAAAGGAGGAUGCACAACUACAUAUUACACUAAAUGAUAAUCACUAAAAAUGAGUCGGGUAACCCAGCUUCUGAGAGUGAAAAAGAGACAUUCUUUAGGUUCAGGAAGGGGAAUGCCUCAACCCCUUCCCCCUGUAAGUGAGAGCAGUUUUGUUGAUGUUUGACCAAGUAGUGUAUGGUGUUUUUCAGUUUGUUUACAUAUAAGGUAUUUGGAUGUACCAGCUACUUGACGAUGAAAAUUGAUUGAUAGUUGUUUAUUAUGAGUUACAAGUUGCCUGUUUUGACAUGACAUUACAUAAAGGUAUUUUGUUACUCUCUAUAUAAUCCUUAAUGUACCUUCAAAGUAACUAAUGCUGACAUCAUGUUGGAUAUAGUUUUGUAUGGUAAGAUUUUUGUUUUGUUGAAUUAGUCAUAUUUUUUUUAACAUUCACAUGUAUUUGUGCAAUUUUUUACAAGUAAUGAUUUGAUUGUUAUAUCGAUGAGUUUUUAUUUACUAUGAGAAUUCUAAGAUUUAAAUGAAGUUGUUUGAAGUAUUGUACUGAUAAUUGCCAGUUGUAGAGAAUUUAUUAUCUUCGAUAUUUUCCACUGGGGCAAUUUGUGUAGAGGAAUCUGUUGACAAUGAAUUUUUGAGAUUUAUGGGAAUAUUGCAUUCAAGCUGAACCUAGGUUGCCAAAGAACUUCCAGUCUUGAGAAAUACUACUACUGUUAUUAUAGAAGUUGAUGAGCAAUUUUCCGAAUUGUUGAAAAAGGUUGAGGAUGCAAUAAAUAUAAUUUGCCUUUAUAUGCUACAAGUCAUGUUCUGUUGUCUCAUGAUUGUAAGUUACUUGCUUGAAGUGUUGUGGGAAAUUCAGGAAAUUUUGUUGUAUUUUUCUUAACUGACAAGAGCACCUAUUUUUUAUUUCUACACCAAUUGACACUUAGCAUAGCCAUGCACACAACUUUUACCUUAGGGUGAAUUGACAAUGAGCUUUGCCAUGCUCAUAAUUUCUAACCCUGAGCCAAUGUACAAAAUAUUUACUUCUUGACAGUUGCCAGUGAGCUUUGAAAGGUACGUCAGUUUCUGAACAGUUGCCAAUCGUGCACCCACAAUUGUUUAGUUCUAGACCGGUUGACAGUGGGUGUUACAAUGUACACAACUUUUACUCAUGGACAGUUGCCAGUAAGUUUAGCCAUGCACAGAUUGUUGCCUUCUAGAUCAGAAACAGUCUACAUUGCCAUAUCCACAUUUUAGUUUUGGAUCAAUUAACAAAGAACUUGCCAUGUACAGUAUUUCUUUAUUGAUCAAUCAUAAUGUGCAUUGCCAUGCAUGCACAAGUUUAGUUGUGGAACAGUUAAUGUUGCUAUGUACAUUAUAUUUAGAAAGAAGAGCUUUUCAUGUGGUAUUAACAACUUAUUUAAUAAUCUAGAUUUUGUAACUUUGUUGUUCCACUUUUAGUUCUCCCACAAAAACAAAUUGGUUGAGCUCCAUCGGUGUGAUUCAGUAGGCCUAUUCAAUCACUUCAAUGUAAUAAUAAUGCUCUAAAUCUGUGGCAGCUCACUCCUAACUAGAACUUUGAGGUUUUGUAUUUUUAUUACACAACUUUUGGAUGGAAUAUCACUUACACUUUGAUAUUGCCUUCAUUACUUUUCCCUCUUUGAGAUUGGCAAGUAACUUGAAAGUUUAUUGUUAGGUAGAUGAUUCAGGGAGAAGUGACUAAUGAGAGGAUGGGACUAGCCAGUUUAUUUCAGCGUGAUAAAAUGGUUGGAAAGAAGCAAGAGAAUUCAAUUCCUUUUGCCAUGAUGCUAGAUUGCAAAGGAGAGAAAAUAUAAAAUUAUAAAUAGGGAAAACUUUGGUCAGUCAUUUGUGGACUAUAGACAAAUUAUUUUGUUGAACAUCAGAAUUGCAGUAAUUCAGUUGUUGGAGUUAACAUUUCUGCCAUACAAAGAUUCAUGUUGCACAGUGAGUGAGCGUGUUAGGAAAAGUAGAGAACUGUUAGUAGUUGGAAAGGCAGGGUGAAACUGUUAUUUUACAGAUCUUGAGGAGGUUUAUAGUAUGGCGAUAAAAACAAAUUCAUAGUUCCAUAAAAUUUUCAAGAUUGAUCAAUAUUUGUCCAAGUACAGGCAGUCCCCAGGUUACAUCGUUCUGACUUUACAGCCCUUGGCUCAUGGUGCCAGUUACCUGAUUUUAUGGGGCCGUAAGCCCCAUUUAUUCCAUUAUUAUUAUGAAGUUCUGGUUUACAGCCCACUGCCAGGAACUGAAUCCCUGCGGUAAGCUGGGGACUGCCCACAAGUAAUUUCAUCAUAGUUUGUACAUCAGCUGGAAAGUAAUGAGUAACUUAAUUAGCAGCAAUAAACCAUACAUAAAGGGUAAACUCAUAAAAGUAUAUUAGAAUUGAAGCUUAUGAUAUUUAGAUAAGUUUGAAAAAAAUUUUCAGUGGGAACUAAAGCCAAAGAUAUAUGAUACAUUUUGAGUGAAAAUCUCAUACAUUAAUUUUGUUGCUUUUGCUUAAGGAGUACUGUUAUAGUUCUGGCAUAGCCUUUGUCCUUAUGCCAGAGGAGAAUGAAAUGUUUUAGGUUUGAUAGUGCGAUUCUGUGACUUAAUUUUAGUUGCACUAGAGGCAAUAAGUGUGCAGCCCUCUGCAUGAUUUCUUGAGCUCAUUUCACUGGCAAGCAAAUCGUAUAAAAAAUUUCAAUGAAGUUACAGUGAAUUUUGAGUGACAACUUGGAUGUGAUAUUUCAAGGGUAGUUUGAUUUGAGUGUUACAUUGCUUCCUCAGUAGAGUUGUUAAGUUUGUUGGGGUUUAAAAUUGAUCGUUCACCGAAUAUGUCGAGACCUACGUAUUUUAGAAGCGGUCAAAAUGUAGAUUAAAAUGUGCUUUUGUUUUGGCUUGAUGGUUGUCCAUUUUUUUAAUAUUGUGAGGAUAGACGAGUUUUUUUUAUAUGGGCAUAGUCUUGAGCCCAUAAGCAACAUUUUCUGUAACUGAUGUGAAUGUUUAUCUCCUAAAUUGAUGAAUGUGGAACUUUAUUGUACAUGGUGAACCUUUUACUUUUUGUCAGUUAUAAUAAUCGUUUUGCUUCCGUUUUGGAGAAUGUGAUCUUUCAAAUUCCACAGUCUUCAUGUCUGAUUCUGUAUGGUUGUUUUUAUAUUUUAUUUUUUCAUACUUUUAAUCUGACAACUGAAUACCUAUUCAAGAAAUACUCAUAGUGUAAUUUUAUUAGGGAAUGCUUAUCCAAGAAAUACUCCGUUUUGAAAAACCUGAGCAUUGAAACUUGAAGCAUUAGGUGUCACAGCCAGAGUGAAUGCAGAUCUCUGAGCAUAAAUGCCCUCUGCUAAUAUUGUAAGUAUAUCCAGUAGUGAUUUGUUGUACAUAACUCCAGUUGGUCACUUAUGUAUAGCACACUGCCUUUGCCUUUGUCACAGUCAGCCUUUGACAAUCUAGCAGAAAGGUUGUAGUUAUUUUGUCAAAAGGUUGUACAUUCAGGUUUCUUAAUACUGGCACCACCCUGCUUAAUAACAGCCAACUUUGAAUUUACAAACAUUAAGAGAUACAAACAAACAGGAUAGCAAAUUAAAAUUGUAUUCAGAGCGUUCCUCCUUGCUGCCUGUAAGUUCAAAUUUUGUUUUCUGCCUAUUCCGUACAUACACUACAGGCAGUCCCUGGUUAUCGGCGGGGGUUCCGUUCCUGGGGGUGUGCCGAUAAGCGGAAAGCAUCAUUAACCGAAACUCGGCGAUUUGUGGCGCCAGUAACCGGUUAUCGGCGCCAUAAGCUCCUCUGUUGGGUAUAUGUUAUGGUGCCAUAACUACAGGCAGUCCCCGGGUUAUGAUGGAGGUUCCGGUCUUGAGACACGUUGUAAGCUGGAAAUCGUCCUAAGCCGGAACAUCGUAAAAAAUCCUAAGAAAACCUUACUUUUAAUGCUUUGGGUACAUUAAAAACUAAGUAAACUGCCUUCUUAUUGCAUUUUUCAUCUACAAAACCUUCAAAUAUUGAUUAUUUUGCAUUUUUGGAGUCAUAUUUCUUGUGCCGGAUCAGCAUUGUAGGCGUCGUAACCCUGGAACAUGCGUCAUAAACCUGGAAAUAAUUUCUGAUAAAUAUAAUUGAAAAGUGUUGUAACUUCGGAACGCUGUAUGCCGAAUCCGUCAUAAGCUAGGGACUGCCUGUAUUAUUGGUGCCUUAUCGAUAACCGGAACUUGGCCCGUUAUGGCCCCAUAUAUUGCCGAUUUUAUGGCGCUUAGACAAGCCCCAUAAAACUGGAUUGGCGACAACCAGGGACCGCGUGUACUAUAUGUACGGUGUAUUGUGCUUUAGGAUUAAAAAACAUACAGUACACGUACUGUAUUGAUUUUAUAUCCAACUGUACUUAAUUAAACAUGAAAAAUACAGUAAUCAACUUUCAAACAAUUCAACAUACAAAUGGGUGUAUGGAACAUAACUCAUUUGUAAAUAGGGUGGUGUCAGUACCUCUCAUUAAUUAGUUGAUCAGGAAUCAGGUCUUCCACAUACAAAAACAUGUGUCCUUGCAUAACAGGAUGAAAAUAUUUAUUGAUGGAGAAGCGUGGUGCAUGACAAGUAUACCACAUUACUGAAUGUAUUUAAAAGAAAUUUACUUAGGGGUAUUUGAGGGUGUGAACUUUGGCUGUAUUAUCUGAGACUUUUGCUUUAAAGUCUGGCUUGUGAAGAGUAUAAAUGUCUUUGUAAGUAUAGGAAUUACAUCCAUAUAAAGAAGCAAUUUCAAUUCUUGUUACAUUGUGCAUGCAUGUUGCAAAGUAUGCAACAUAAAGAUAGUAGAAACAGUACAGUAAUGUGAACAAAUUAAUUAACUGGUAAUGGUGAACACAUGCUGAUUGUGCUCAUUGAUCCAUUUGACCUGCCAGGAUAAUUUUUAUUAGAAGUCAGUAUCAUGGUUUUGUUUGUUGCUCAAGAAGAGACAUCUUAAAAUGGGUAGUAUGCAGAGUAGGAAGGCAGGGAUAUUCAGUGGUCCUUGGAGGGGUCAGGUCAUGGCACCCUAAGUUAGGGUAGGAAGGUAAGGUCUGGUUAGAUCAGGUCAUGGCAGACUAGGAAAGGUUGGGAUUUGUCACGCCUACCCGUUUGCUUACUCUGCAUCUGUUCUGUUAAAGCUUGAAAAAGUAAAAAGUAAAAAGCCUACAGUGUAAAUUCUCCUGUGUGCCUGUCGCCACAUUUAGCAUUGGGCCCAAUUGUUUUCUUUCAUUCCUGCUUGGCAUUUGCCUUUAGGAAAAAUAGUCGUUACUAAGACUGACGCGUGUGAAAUUUUUGUUGUGUGCAAUCUGAUUGCUGAAGCGUGCCAUUAUGAUCUCGAAUUAGGAAUAGAAGACAGAGAGAGAGAAAUAGAUAGAUACAGUUAUUUGAGUGGCUGCCUUCUAGGAAUUUUAUUUCUUAGGCUUUUAACAUUCCGUAAUUUUACAUAAUGGUUAAGUUAUGAUAAACCAAACAGCUUGAUUUCUACUUAUUGCUGUACUCUGUGUAGAUUUAAGUCUUCUUUGCCUUUUUUUUUUAUCUUUUUUGUUAAUGCUAUACUCAGUAAGGCUUUAAUUUUAAACCAAAUGAUCUAUUUAUAUAUCGUGAUUGAGUGACAGCAUUACUUGAUGGCCACUCUGGCUUUUCUCUCCAAUGACCUAGGGGUGUUCACUUAAUUGGUAUACUGUAGUUAAUAUAUUUCUUAGUAUGUAUUAACUUGUAUUUAUUCAGAGAAACCUAAAAUGUUUAAGCAAUUUUUUUUUCCAAUUGAAGUAUAUUUAUUGAUAAUGAUUAUUUGCUUAUACAGACACCACCCUACUUACCUACAUUCAACUGGCAAACAUUCAGAGAUACUAACGGAUUACUAGUUAAAAUUGUGUUUAGAUCGUUCUCUCUUGCCACCCGUAAGUUCAGAUUGUGUUUUGCGCACCUAUUCUGUACGUGGAGUGCUGUGUGCACAGUGUACAUAUUGUUUUUUAGGAUGAAAAACGUACAAUAUUGCAUUGGUUUUAUAUCAUACUGUACUUCAAUGGGCAAGAAGAGAAGAGUACAGUAACCAACUUAUGAACAAUUUCAACAGACUAAUGGCCGUCAGGAAUGUAACUAGGGUGGUGUGUGUAUUUAGUCUCAUUUCUGCAGGGUAUUCUGUUUUUUGUAGCCAGAGAAAGGGUGGUUAGACUGAGAUUGUUGUACAGUACACUGCAAAUUGAAUUUUGCUUGGUUCUAACUGCAGGUUGUAAUAUUGAUCAUCACUGCCUUAACUGUUGUACAUUUUCAGGGUAACAAAUAAUUUAUACAUUCAAUUAUGCAUGCAAUUUGAUGGAGAUAUUUAUGAAAAACUACUUUUUAAGAUUUUACUUUCAGAGAUCUUGCAUUUCACUAAGUAAAAUUUUGUAUUUUGAGAACUCAUGCUCUUUUUUUAUAGAAAGCAUUAUACUUCUUGUUAUUUUCUUGGAAGUUAUGUAAAAUGUGUCUUUAAGGAAUUGUUGCUUGCUUAGACAGUACAGUACAUUACAUAUUCUCACCCCAUUUUCUUAAUGUGUACAAAGCUAAAGUUAUUCUUUACUGUUGCAAACUAAUGUGUCAAGCAAUUCCUUUUAAAUAGAUUUUUCUUAGACUGUGUAAUUGCACUAAACAUUCCUUUAAAAGAAAAAAGUGCCGUCCAAUAAACUGUGAUUUUUA